UUGCAAGCGAGCUGAAGCAGGGACAGCAUUCGUUAAGGGGGCAGCUUCCAUCUUUCUCGUCGCUGCCUCCGCCGUAGUUCACUAUCGCUGCCUCCUCUGCCGUAUUCGGCCGUAGUCCACUAUCGUUGCUGAUUCGGGGCUAGUAGUUUGGUUCGGGAGUGUGUUCCAGAUUCAUAUUUGAAAAUUUGAAGUCUAGAACAAUAUGGCGGGUGGGGAUCCUACUGAACUGAAGGAGGAGGUCCCAGAGUUGGUGCCCUUCGAUCCAACUAAGAAGAAGAAAAAGAAGAAACCCGUGGUUCAGGAUCCUGUUGAAGAGGUAGACAAAUUAACUGAGAAAACAGAAAAUUUAACAGUUACUGAAUCAAGCGAACCUAGCUUUGUUGGCUUGAAGAAAAAGAAGAAGAAACCUGUUGAGACUAACUUCCUGAAUGAUGAAAAUGAAGACCAAGACCAAACCAGUGAUCAAGUUGGGGAGGAUGAGGAAGGAGAAGGUAUUGUCCUUGGAGUUAGUCGAUACCCUUGGGAAGGAACUGAUCGUGACUAUAUAUAUGAAGAGCUUCUGGGUCGAGUAUUCAAUAUAUUACGUGAGAAUAAUCCUGAUCUUGCUGGAGAUAGACGUAGGACUGUGAUGAGGCCUCCACAAGUUCUUAGAGAAGGAACCAAGAAGACAGUUUUUGUGAAUUUUAUGGAUCUGUGCAAAACGAUGCAUAGGCAACCAGAGCAUGUUAUGAAUUUUUUACUGGCUGAAAUGGGAACAAAUGGAUCACUUGAUGGGCAGCAGAGAUUGGUUAUUAAGGGAAGAUUUGCCCCAAAAAAUUUUGAGGGAAUCCUUAGAAGAUACAUCAAUGAGUAUGUAAUAUGCAAUGGCUGCAAAAGUCCUGAUACCAUACUUUCAAAGGAGAACCGAUUAUUCUUUCUUCGCUGUGAACAGUGUGGCUCUUCGCGCUCAGUCGCACCUAUCAAAGCUGGUUUCGUUGCACUUGUGAAGCGUCGGAAAGGCACUUAAGGUGGUUUCAUUGCACUUGUGAAGCGCCGGAAAGGCACUUGAGCUGUGCAUUCAACCUGUUUGUUUCUGCCUUUCACGAACCAAAAAGAAAGGCAUUUCUCGAGUUUUGUUUCCCUACAGUUUUGAGCUCGACAUUAUUGCAUCUGUAGCCUGUUCACCAUCAAUUCAACAGUAAUUAAGUAUUUGCCUUGGUCCUAACAAAAAAAAGUAAAUACACUGGCAGGAUUUACCAGAUUGUUAAAAUUAUUUGAAAAUGUUCUGGUCUUGCCUUGAGGAUUAUAAAUUAAUGUUCCGUUUUGCUUUAUCAGUCAGCUGACUAGAAAGUUAAUACUCAUAGACAGGAAGGGUCUGUUUAAAUCGAAGUGGGAAAUAAAGCAAAUGUGUGGAUUGCUGAGAUUUUUAAGAUAGCCUCAAGUUUCCAUCCUUUGUUCAUUCAAGUAGACUUGAGGUGAAGGGGCUUGAAACUGUCUGGAUACAAUUGUCGCUAGGCGUGUGCGGCAAGGUCAAUAGAGCUCAGCCAGUGCCAGAAAGGGCGACAGUGGGGUAAAGACCAGGAAUAUUUGCAGUUAAACAUCGAUGAGAGGCCAAUUGGGUCGUGGUGGUGUCAUGAAUCAGGCGUGGUGGCAAUGGGACCGCUUGGUUGGGGGAACCUUAGUAGGUUAUCCAAGAUAACUUUGUUUUGUUCAAGUAAUCAAUGAUUUCCGGUAAUACAACAUUCUCAUCAUGUCAGUAAUUAGAUAAUAUAAUCCGGAAUCGGAAAACAUUGGAAGUUUUAGGUUUUCCA